AUGGUUAGAGACUUCUGGUGUCAACUUCAAUAUGCAGGCUGCCCUAUGUUUGUGCUUGCUGCCAAACUCCGGGCCUUGAAAGUGUUUUUGAAAAAUUGGAACAAAACUACUUUUGGUGAUGUCAAUCAAAGAGUGGAAGACACUAAAGCGGCAUUAGAUGAUAUUCAACGUGAAAUCUCUAUCCAGGGUCCAUCUUCUGAGUUGUUCCAUCGCGAGGGGAUUGCCAAUUCAAACUACCUUUUAGCUCUCUCCAUGCAAGACAAUUUCCUCCGUCAUAAAGCUCGGGUUCGGUGGCUAGCUGAUGGUGACCGGAAUACCUCCUUUCUCCAUAACAUGAUCAAGGUACGAAGAUUACAAAAGCCUUUGGUGUCUAUUAGGGUUGGAAAUGUGUUACUUCAGGACCCGGAUUUAAUUGAGAGCCAUGUGGUUCAGCAUUACACUGAUGCUUUCACUAAGGACCCUGGCAUUGUUGAUACGGGUCUAGUGGAAAGGGUGAUUUCCAAUGUUGUCCCUUUGGAGGAGAAUUCUUCACUUACUGCUAUCCCUAGUUCCGAGGAAAUUGCAGAAACGGUCUUGGAGAUGGAUGGUUUUAGUGCCCCAGGGCCAGAUGGUUUUGGAGGAUGUUUCUUUCAACGUUGUUGGGGUGUGGUUGCUAAUGAUGUGAUUGCAGCGGUUCAAUCUUUCUUUGCUUCGGGUUGUAUUGCACCAAAUUUUAAUUCCAGUCUUAUUAUUCUGAUUCUAAAGAAAGAGGAUGCAGAAGGGCUUACUGACUUUAGACCUCUGGCUCUCGCAAACUUUGUCUUUAAGGUGAUCACCAAAAUCCUUGCUGAUCGAUUAAGCCCAGUGGCUAUGAGAAUUGUGUCACCAAGCCAGAGUGCAUUUAUCAAGGGAAGAUCUAUUGCUGAUUCCAUCAUUUUGACAUCGGAGUGUAUGAACUUAUUGGACAGGAAGUGUGCGGGGGGAAAUGUUGCUAUUAAACUGGAUAUCAGUAAGGCUUUUGAUACCUUAGAUUUGGAGUUUUUACUCAGGGUUCUGAGCUCCUUCGGCUUUUGCUCUACCUUCGUGACUUGGAUUCACAACAUCCUUCUUUCAGCUAGACUUUCUGUGUCAGUGAAUGGGACUCCUUGUGGAUUCUUCAGUUGUUCUAGAGGAGUUCGGCAAGGAGACCCACUAUCCCCUCUGCUCUUUUGCCUUGCAGAAGAAGUUCUCAGCAGGGGCUUAUCCAGACUAGUUAGCAGGGGUAAAAUUAGGUGUAUUGCUGCCCCUAAAAAGCUUCAUCCUCCUUCUAAUGUCCUGUAUGCAGAUGAUGUGAUGAUAUUCAUGCAAGGGAAUUCUAGCGGGUUACGGUCGCUGAACAAAUUUCUUCAGGAAUAUGCAGCGAACUCAGGUCAGGUGGUUAAUAAAGCCAAAUCAUCUGUUUAUUUGGGAAGGCAUGCCAGACCCAGGGCGUCAGUGAUUAAACGUAUUCUUGGCAUCAGAGAAGGUAAUGUGCCUUUCAACUACUUGGGGGUUUCGAUAUUUUUUGGGAGUCCCAGGGCAUCAUAUUUCAGGGCCAUCGCAGACCGGGCAAGAUGCAAAUUGAGUGCUUGGAAGGGCAUGCAGCUUUCACAGGCAGCGCGUCUGCAACUUAUUUCUUCCGUCAUCCAAAGUCUACUUGUUUAUAGCUUUAAUGUUUACCAUUGGCCACGUGCUUUGCUAAAAAAAGUUCAGUCUUGGAUGCGCAACUUUUAUUGGUCUGGGGACCCUCUUAGAAAGGGAGCUGCUUUGAUUUCUUGGAAGACCUGUUGUCUGCCUAAGGAUUGUGGAGGGCUUGGAUUAAAAAAUAUUUUCACUUUGAACAGAGCUCUUCUUCUUCGGAGAUGCUGGGAUAUGGUGACAGGUUCUUCCGAUUCUUCGAUAUUUCUGCGGGAUAGAUUCUUAAAGAAGAAUUUAGACACGUUCUCUUAUUAUCAAAGAUCAUCUAUUUGGACCGGCUUGAAGAAGUUGUGGCCAACUCUGGUUUCUAACCUGAGAUGGCAAGUGGGUGAUGGCAGGAGCAUCCAUUUCUGGAAAGACAAUUGGCUUGGAGGUUCGUUGGUGGAUAGCUUGAAUAUCAAUCCUUCUUUCUGGCCUUAUCUUCGUGACCGCGUUUGUGACUAUAUUGUGCAGCAACGUUGGGUUCUGCCAAAUGAGUUCCUUGAGAAUUUUCCAGAAGUUUCAGAAGACAUUCUAAAGACUGAAAUUCCAGCUAUUGACAUGGAUGACACUGUCCUUUGGCCUACUACCUCUGCCGGAUCCCUGAAUACGGCAGCAACUUAUUCUUUUCUCACUGGUCCUAGUACAUCACUUGAGUGGGGUAAGGCUAUUUGGCACAAAGCGGUGCAACCCCGGAAAAGCAUUGUAUGUUGGAAGGUUUUCCAUCUUAAGAUCAUGGUUGACGAGGUACUGCAGAGAAGAGGUAAGAUCCUUUGCUCCCAAUGCUCUUUUUGCUGCUAUAAUGUGGAAUCGGUCUCUCACCUAUUUCUAAACUGUCCUUCGCUUGGGGAGUUGUGGACAUGGUUGUUUGAUAUAUUUCGACUGCAGCUCUCAGUUGGAUUAACCUUACAGGGAAUUUUUGACUCGAAUAUGAUGAACCAAUUACCGGUGGCUUCUAAAUUAUUAUGGAGGCUAGCAGUUUGCAAUAUAUUUUGGUGCAUUUGGACUGAACGGAACAAAAUAAGGUUUGAUGGCAGGGUUUUUGAAUUCCGGAGAUUUAAACAGUUCUUCAUUAAUUCUUUUAAGGAAUCGGCGAUGUGCUACUUUGCUCCUUGUGGUCGGAUUGGUACUGCAGCCCCGGUUUAUUCUUUGCUGGGAAUUUCUCCACUUAGAGCGCGGGCCCCAAAGUUUACCCCUGUGGUUUGGGAGUCUCCGCCUCCAGGAUGGAUCAAGGCGAACACGGAUGGGUCUUUUUUAGAUCCUGCUAGAGCUGGCUUUGGCGGAGUAUUUAGGGAUUCAGAUGGUCUCUUCCUGGGAGGAUUUUCUUAUAAUGCUGCUGUCCCAAGUGCUAUUGAUGCUGAGGUUCUAGUAGUUAUUGAAGCAGUGGAGGUGGCAAUGGUUAGACGUUGGACUCAUGUUUGGUUGGAAACUGAUUCUGCUUUGGUGGUGCGUUACUUCAAUAAACCUGAUCUGAUUCCUUGGAGAUGGCGUAUCCCUUGGAUGAACUGUUUAUACAAGAUUAGCCAUUUUACCUUUCAGAUAUCGCAUAUAUUCAGAGAAGGAAAUGCAUUGGCAGAUAAAUUUGCUCGCUAUGGUGCUUUGAAUAUGGGGGCAGUUUGGUGGAGGAAACUCCCUACAUCCUUUCUCUUAGAGUAUGCUAGAGACUUGGCUUCUAGAGUUACUUUUCGCUUCUCUUAG